UUGGAGUUGGCGACAGCUUGAGCUUGGGCUUCUCUUCCAAGUCAUCUUCGUCUCGACAUUGCCCCAAUUCCCCCCGCCAUUUGCCCGCGAUGCAGCACCCAAAGUCGUUGGCUCUCUUGGGUGCCGUGUGCUCCUUCACGGUGGCUGCUGCUGGCAGCGUGCCACGUGGAGUUGGACCCGAGUUCGUCUCCUAUUACCAGGAUAAGGAUGUAUUUACUUGCAUCUCCAACCCGUCCAUCAAAAUCAGCCUAGAUCGUGUCAACGACCACUCCUGCGACUGUCCAGAUGGCUCAGACGAACCCGGCACCGCAGCCUGUGCCUUCAUCGACCCUCUUUCCCCUGAACAGCCCCUGAUUGGCAGCCCGUCUGGGACUACAAAUGCCACUCAGUCCUUGCCUGGAUUCUGGUGUGCCAACAAGGGUCACAUUGGAGCCUACAUUCCAUUCUCCUACGUCAAUGACGGCAUCUGCGAUUACGAUGUCUGCUGCGAUGGAUCAGAAGAGUAUGGACAUGUCAAUGGCGUCAAGUGCAACGACCGCUGUGCGGAGAUUGGCAAAGAAUACCGAAAGCUCGCUGAAGCUAGAAGGAAAAGCGUUGAAAAGGCCAGCGUGAUAAAGCAGCAAAUGCUUAAGGAGGCAAAGCAGCUCCGUCAGGAGGUCGAGCGUCGCGUUACAAUACUAGAGCAGGAUAAAAAGAACAUUGAAGCUAGAAAGGCAGAUCUGGAACAGAAAUAUGCCGAAGCUCUGAAGGAAGACAGCAACAGGGUUGUUAAGAGCGAAGGCGCUGGCGGCAAGCUUGGUGUCUUGGUUGGCCUUGCUAAAGAUAGGGUUGAGGAGCUGCGAGAAGCUCUCAGACUGGUUACAGAAGAUCGCGAAGCCCUGCGUGCCAAGAAGAACGAGCUCGAGGCCAUUCUCAAGCAGUUCAAGGAAGACUACAACCCCAACUUCAACGACGAAGGAGUCAAGGCCGCCGUUAGAUCAUGGGAAGACUACGCGGCCCGUGAAGCUUCGUCUGACCAGUCCGAGUUCCAUGAGUCUGACAUCAACGAGAUUCUUCAAGAGGAUGACGAGACCAAUGGAGUAAACUGGAAAGCAUUCGAUGAGUUUGGCGAGGACACAGACGUCCUUUUAUUGCUCUGCGUUUUGCUAACUCUGAGAGCCGCUUCGGUCAAAGUAUACAACUUCAAUGCUUACCUGCCUCCAUUUAUUCGCAAUGUGGUUCAAGAAAAACUCCGGUCUAUUCGCAAAUGGCUCGUCGAAAAUGGCCUGAUUGCUGCUGCUCCCAGCACUGGGUCAGAAUCAAACGAAGUCAGGAUUGCCCGAGAGUACGCCGAAGCAGCUGACGUGGAUCUCAGAAACAAGAUCAGGGAUCUCGAGGCAGACCAGUCAGAUCUUCAGAAGGACUAUGGCCCAUCUGACAUUUUCCGCGCUAUCAAGGGCAAGUGUGCUGAGAUUGAUUCCGGCGAAUACACUUAUGAAAUCUGUUGGCUCGACAAGACAAUGCAGAAAUCCAAGAAGGGCCACGGAUCCACCAACAUGGGCAACUUUGAUAGGAUCGAUAUUGAAAUGGCAGAUGAUGACGAGAGGGUGGAUGGUAAGAGUCUUGGCAGUGGUCCUAGGAUGGUAAUGCGGUACAACAACGGCCAGACAUGCUGGAACGGCCCUCAGAGACGAACCGACGUCUGGCUCGGAUGCGCGGAGAAGGAAGAAGUCUGGAGAGUGACCGAGGCCGAGAAGUGCGUCUACAAGAUGGAGGUAGGAACACCAGCCGCCUGUGAGUAUGAAGAGGAUGUGAAAAACUCUCACAACAAGGAUGAACUAUAA